CAGAUUUGCCCGCGCUCCUUCACUUCCCUUCUACCCCGCUGCCGUCGCAGCUGACUUUCCAUCUGACGCAAGGACCCGGCCGGCGAGAGCUGACCUCUCGACCCGAGAGCCGAGCGGGAAACCGAAACCGCGGGGCUCAGCUAACAGCGGCGCAGAGCGCGCACUCGCGUGCCCAGGGCGCGCCCAGCAGCAGCACCGCCCGCGCCGGCCCCCCCGGACACUUGUAAGUUUCGAUUUUCCUCCUGGCCGAGUCCCGCGCCCCGGAGCAGCCUGCACAUCGCGCGCGCCAUGGCGGACCCGGAGGUGUGCUGUUUCAUCACCAAAAUCCUGUGCGCCCACGGGGGCCGCAUGGCUCUGGACGAGCUGCUCGAGAAGAUCGUGCUCCCUGAGGCGCAGCUCUGCGACUUGCUGGAGCAGGCCGGGCCCGACCGCUUCGUGGUGUUGGAGACGGGCAGCAAGGCCGGGGUCACCCGGUCCGUGGUGGCCACCACUCGAGCCCGGGUCUGCCGUCGCAAGUACUGCCAGAGACCCUGCGAUAACCUGCAUCUCUGCAAGCUCAAUCUGCUGGGCCGGUGCAACUACUCGCAGUCGGACCGACAGCCAUCUUAUUUUGAUUCUUCCAAGAGUUAUCAAAUUCUUCAGUAUCUUUUAGUCAGUCUGCAGGCCUCUUCUGCCUCAAAUAAAUCUCCAAUUGAGUACAACUCAUCAGAGACUAUAUGCAAAAGUUAUAAGGGAGAGGGUCGGAGGCAGAUUUGUAGCCAGCAGCCUGGGUGUGACAGACUCCACAUCUGUGAACACUUCACCCGAGGGAAUUGUAGUUACCUCAACUGUCUCAAGUCCCACAACCUGAUGGACAGAAGGGUGCUGGCCAUCAUGAGGGAACACGGGCUGAGCGCAGACGUGGUCCAAAGCAUCCAGGACAUCUGCAACAGCAAGCACAUGCGGAAGAACCCCUCUGGGUCGAGAGCUCCUUCCUCACAUCGUCGAGCCGGGCCAUACAGAGCUAGAAGCAAAAGUAGAGAGCGAUUCUUUCAGGGCAGCCAGGAAUUUCUGCCAUCGGCUGCAGCUUCCGCCCAAAGGUCCUCCACGCCCAGUCCAGAUCCGAUGGGCCGCAGGGCUCCCGGGGAUGACGUGCCUGUGGAUGGUCUCACCCACAAGUUCACCUAUCUGGGGACUCGCGAUUGCGCUCAGCCCUCCUCAGCCUCAGCUAAGGCUACCGAUCUUGGAGGAGCAGGUGAGGGCGGGGCAAGCCAGAGGUUUUCAGAGAAUGGCAGUCCAAAAGGCCUCUUUUAUGGGAAUCAAGGCAACACUUACCUUGUUUCCGAUUCAACACCAGCCUCCAACUGGAAGGACCCCACACCCUGGCCGAAGGACCAAGGCACCGGGAACGAGAGUGUGUUUUCUCCAAUUCUAACUGCCACCCGCUCUCUCGGUUCUGCACAAACACCUGAAGCUGUGACCACCAGAAAGAACACAGGCAUGCUUUACUCCGACCUGAGGGACGUCCAGGGCAGAAGUGGAACUCAAGAUAUCCAGCAUGUUUCUCUUUUUAAUAAUAACGCUGAUGGAGGGGCCACUGGUGUAACUGUUGCAAGAUAUUUCAAUUACAACGAAUGCCAGAGAGAAACACCACUACUUAGGAAUCCGGACAGUGGACCUACUUCCCGGGAUCUCCAGACCACUGGCAAAAUUACGGAAGGUGAUAAUGCAGGAGUGGCAUUUAUUAACGAUUCCAUAUCUGAUGUUGCAGGUACCACGUCUUCUAGGGUGCAUGAUCCUAGCUUAGAGAAAAUUUGUCCUGACCAUCUGCAUAAGGGAUGUCAACUCAAUGACAGCUGUGACAAAGACCACUACGACCUGCCCUACCGGUGGCAGAAGCUCCGUGAAAAGUGGGAAGACUUCGAGUCCAUGGAGAAGAUUGAGGAGGCCUAUUGUGACCCCCAAAACCAUGUCGUUUCUGUAGCAGAGGGCACAAUCGAUUUCGAGAAAAUGAUUUGUGGUUCCAUGAACGUCCGACGCAUGUCCACUCCUGCAUCUGUCGUGAAGCCGGCCAACUCUGUCUUUACCACCGAAUGGAUCUGGUACUGGAAGAAUGAAAAUGGCAAGUGGAUUCCAUACGGGGAAGAGGUGAGUAUCAUUCCUCCUUGGAUGAUUCAGACAAACAUAGCUUCCAAGACACAAAAGGACGUCAUCCGAAGGCCAAAGUUUGUGUCUCCGUGGGAUGUGAAACAUAAGGGAAGACGGCUCGACUAUCAACUGAUGCAGACCCCGUCAGAGCCUUUAACCUCAACAUUUCUUCCUCAGCAGGACCUUGGCUCCCUGCCCUCAAAUGGGUUUAAGUUGUUAGAGCUCAAUAACCAGCAUCCGGAAUAUGCCAAAAUACAGGACCAUUUUUAUGCAACAAGGUACACCCAUGUGGAGUCUAUCUGUGCGAAGAAUUUUAACUGGAACAUCCAUGAAACUCAUGAACCGAAAUAUGGAACAGGAAAUUACUUCGCAAAAGAUGCCAUCUAUUCGCACAAAAAUUGCCCAUAUGAUGCCAGAAACAUCAUUAUGUUUGUAGCCCGCGUCCUGGUUGGAAAUUUUACUGAAGGAGAUAAGACGUACACAAGCCCUCCACCGCAGUACGACAGCUGUGUGGACACUUGUUUGAAUCCCUCCGUUUUUGUCAUAUUUGAGAAAGAUCAGAUUUACCCACAAUAUGUAAUUGAAUAUACUGAAGCAGACAAAGCCUGCGUGAUCAGUUAGAACUGAUGAGUACAGUGUCCUAAGGAUGCCAUAACCAUUCUAUUCUCUUACAUAACCAAAUUUUCCCAGAUUGUAGUUAAACUUUUAUAUUUCCUUGCCCAGUUAUCCGAUGUCUUAGAUCAGUGAUUCCCAAACUUUGUUAAACAUUGGAAUCAUCCGGGAAGCUUUAAAAAAAUUCCAGUGCCCAGGUUGCACCCCAUGCCAAUUAAAUCACUGUUUCUGAGGGUGGGCCAUAUUUUUUAAAGCUCUCCUGAUGAUUCCAAUGUGUUGGAAAGUUUGCAUUGUUUUAGAUCUAAUUGGUAAAGGCUGAUUUGUAAAUUUUCUGUAAUUGCAGCUACAUGUCUCCCAUCUACUCAUUUAGUGUGCAGUAUGGCAUGGCUUUUUGUUUUGGUUAAAUUGAAAGAAAAUUAAUUUGGGAAAUUUCAGAGAACUCUAACAAUGCCUCUUGAAAUAAGGACAUAAGAAAUGUCUUUCAUUGUUGGAUGAAAGAUUGUGAAAAACUGGGGAGCAAAUGCUUGGGCACAGGCUAGGGAAAAAAAGUGAAAAGUGAAAUUUAAAUGUUAUUGUAGACAUGGCUGCAGUACUAUACCUUAUCUUUGUGAUGAAACUGAUUUGGAUCACACAUUUCUUUAUCGCUCCACUUGUUUGGGGGACAAACUCCAUCCAGGUUGACUUCUCCUGGAAUGCCAAGUGUGGCUCAGAGAGAAGCAACCAACUGGAGUUAUUGCCCUUUUGGGCUCUUUAUAUAAUGAUGGCAAAGUAGACAUUUUGUUGUAACUGAUGUGAUUACAGAGAAGGCUUUUAUCAGGUCAGGCUUUCAUGAAAUUGUCUUUCAUAUAUUUUGAGGGAACAGAAUCACCGUAACCAAAUUCACACAAGCAUGCCUGAUAAAUACUAGUGCUUUUAUAGUUGUUCGCUGCAGCAGAUGAGCCUGACCAAGAAAUUAGUGAAGGACGUCCUCCCUACUGAAGGACGGGCCUCCUAAGGAGAUGAGAUACCUUUUAUUUAAUAUACAUUUUAAUACCUUUUAUUUAAUAUAACGGAUUUCUAAAUGUAGCGGAUUGUAUGGAAUUGUAGUACAGUUUUUAGAGCAGGGGACGUGCUUGGACCAAUAUCUCUUUUCUUACUAUGAAUCAGGUUUUUUCUUCCAAUUUUCCUUUUUUAACGUUCCUUACCAGUCGUCAGCAUUUCCUGUUAUAGUUCCUUCCAGCAGACAUAUUACAGUUAAUUAAUUAGCAUUAGAGUUGAUUUUAUAUCAGUCAGAUUUUGGACCAGUACAAAGAUUUCCACAAUUCUUGGUUUAAAGGGCUCCACCAGUAGCAAAUGUAUACAGAUUUUUUUUAGAAUAGGGUUACUUUCUGAGAGUCUUGCCACAAAUGGUUAUUCUCAUUCACAUUUUUUUUUCAUGGUAUCAUCCAUUUUGGACUGUUCAUUUCCUGACCUUGACCCUCACAUCGUAGAGGUGCAUUUUAUCCAACUCUUUCCGGCUGCCUGUUAGGCACCCGUAGGUGGAUAUUUUACAGCCAUCACUGACUUUACACAUCCAAGACAGAACUCUCAAUCUGCCCCCUCACACGUAUCAUUACCUAUAUUCUGUAUGUAGGUAAAUGGUGCCUCCAUCCACCCCUCCGCUCAAGCAGAAAUCCAGAAGUCACCCUUAACUCCUUGCUGUCCCUCCCAAUACACAUCUAAACCGUUCCCAAAUCCACUUUUACCUCUUAAAUGUCUCUGUUCCCUUCUAAGUUGUUCUUCUACACGAGCCACUCUGGCUUUCUUUCAGCCAGGUGGCUCCUAUUUUCACCUAGUUCAGUGGUUCUCAGUUAGCACUUUUGCCUCUUUUUUUUUUAAGGACAAAUACAAAUACGUCUUCUUUAUUAUCCUCCAACUCCACUUCAGAGGUAAUAUGCUCUACCUACGCACAAUUUUAGAAAUAAGUUAAAAAUUAAAUAAAACAUAUUAACAUAAAAGGGAAAUAAAAGGUAUAUAACUUGGGGACAACUAUCCUAGAAGACCUAAUGAAGUAGUCAGAUGUGUACACCUAGUUAUAAUGAAUAAAUUUGAACUUCAAAGAAGGUAGGAGCUCAGACACUAGUUUGUGCAAAGAAGCAUGAGAAAAUGAAAAAGCAGAGAUAGGAGUGGACAUCAGAAUAAAAACUAGGGAUAUGACAACUUACUUGCAUAUGAUAAUAUUUAUUUGUAUAUGAUAGGAGACAGAACGAAGUUACCUUAAUUGAAAUAAAGAUAGUAUGCAAGAAAAUUUACAGAUUGCCGAAGUGGAGAAAAUGAGGAAAUACUAUAUUCUUGCAGACGAGCUGUCGUCAUACACGAAUGUCUAGUGAGACAUUCAAAGUUCGUAUAGGGUGCAAAAUAAUUUCUUAUUGUGAGGAACUGUCCAACGUAUUGCAAGAUGUUCAGCAUACUUGGCUCUCACAUACUAAAUGCCAGUAGCACCCCCGUCCCCGCCCCCAAUCAUGGUGACAACCACAAGCACUGUCAGACCUAUUCGUCCUUUGUAGAGCAGAUAUUUUGUAACAUCCUCUUUGUUGUCCUGAGAUGAUUCAUAGAUGAUACAAUCUACUUACACACAUGAAUUUCUUUUUUUUUUU